AUCGCCGCUAUAUCGCUGUUGAGUUUUCGGGCCGCAGCGCCGGGGGUUGAGGUCCGGCAGCCGCAGAUACCGCGGAGCGGACCGAGUCCGAACCGGGAAUCGUAGGAAGCGCGUCGGGGAGCCGCGCCAUCCGCACGCCAGGUUACGUCGAUAGCCACUUAGCCGUGCCCAUGCCUUUCUGUAACUUUGCUAGCUAGGCGUUUGUAUUUGCGGUUUGUGGUGGAAUAAACAUGUUCCGUGUUCUGUUUGUACCAGAUCGACGAUUUAACUCGGAAACUGGGGUUUUGAUCGAACUGAAUAAAGCUGGAGUAUAUGGUUGUGGUUUUAGUUUCCGUGGUUGUAAUUUCUGUUGUUCUUAUAUAUAGAUUUAUAUGCAGCCGAGUGGGGAUAAAGUGCAGGUCACGUUGAGGUAUGUACGCGUUUCGGGUGUGAUCUGAGGCCCACAUGAUAUCAAACCUACGCCAUUUCAUUUCAGGGCGGCUUGGGAGCGGGUCACUGCCGCAAACUAAGCAGAAGUCUCGUGUAGUUAAACGCUUUAAUAAUGUCGCACUGUUAACAAACACGGCCGUCAUUUCCCUACCCACAACAUAGGCAGCCUGUUCCCCUGCGUUUUUUACGCCCGGAUUUCCUUCGUGUUGUUCUUUUUCGGCAGUGGCGUUAACUUUGAUUUUCUGUAAGUUUGUUAGUCUCCGCGCAAUGCGACAUGAUCUGUUAACGUGCUUCUGCUGGAGCCGUUCGAAGUGGCGGCUUUUGCGCGGCUCCGGGGUUCAGCGGCCACUUGCCGUGGUCUCCGGGAUCAGCUGCAUGGUGUCGGGCGCCCAGUGUGAUCGGCGUGCUGUUUGCCAACACGUGGUCCGACGACGGGGCCCCCAGCCGCGCCGAAACCCGUCCUCUACUCCGCUCAGGUCUUAGUUCCACAGGCGAAAUGACUUUUAAGUAAAGAAUUUGGAAGCCGGAUAAUGGAGUCGACGGGAAUGUGCGUGAUGGAAGUGGCAUCCCGGGGUCUAGUCCGACCUGGCGAGCCUCUCACUCUGCCUGACCUGGAGAGCCCCUCUGCAGAGGAGCUGGACAUGCCCUGCUACCAGGAGAUAUCUAGGGGGGAGACCCCAGGGCGUGAAGACUGCCGGAUAGACCCCCCAGAUGGCGAAGUGGCCCCCGACAGCAACAAAAGCAAAGACAAGAAGGGGCUGGGGAAAGAGGUUCUGCUACUGAUGCAAGCGCUAAAUACAUUAUCUACCCCUGAGGAGAAGCUAGCAGCUUUGUGUAAGAAGUAUGCUGAUCUGCUGGAGGAACGGCGCAGCAUGCAGAAGCAGAUGAAGGGGCUGCAGAGGAAGCAGUCGCAGGUUGUGAAGGAGAAGAUCCACCUACAAGGGGAGCACAGCAAGGCCAUCCUAGCCCGCAGUAAGCUGGAGAGCCUUUGCCGGGAGCUGCAGCGCCACAACAAGACCCUGAAGGAGGAGAACACCCAGAGGUUGCGGGAGUAUGACGAGCGCAGAAAGGAGGUGACGCUGCACUUCCAGAUGACACUCAACGAGAUCGAGGCGCAGAUGGAGCAGCACAACGUGCACAACAGCAAACUGCGGCAGGAGAACGUGGAGCUGGCUGACAAGCUGAAGAAGCUGAUAGAGCAGUACGAGCUGAGGGAGGAGCACAUCGAUAAGGUAUUCAGGCACAAAGAGCUGCAGCAGCAGUUGGUAGAUGCCAAGCUGCAGAGGACCACCGAGCUGAUGAGGGAGACCGAGGAGAAGCACCAGAGGGAGCGGGAGUUUCUCCUGAAGGAGGCGACAGAGUCGAGGCACAAAUGUGAACUCAUGAAGGAGCAGGAGUCCCAGCUGAAACGGCAGCUCUCCCUAUAUAUGGACAAGUUUGAGGAGUUUCAGACCACGCUUGCUAAGAGCAAUGAGGUUUUCACUACCUUCAGGCAGGAAAUGCAGAAGAUGACCAAGAAGAUAAAGAAACUGGAAAAGGAGACGACGCUGUGGCGCACAAAAUGGGAGACCAAUAACCAGGCCCUCCUCCAGAUGGCCGAAGAGAAAACAGUGCGUGACAAGCGCUACAGCGCCCUCCAGGGGAAGCUGGAGCGCCUGGAGAAGCUGUGCAGGGCCUUGCAGCAAGAGCGCAACGACCUCAGCCAAAAACUGGAGGGGCUGCCCUGCCCGCUGGGCGAGGUCGCCGAGCCCCCAGACACCCAGCCGGAUGGGCGGCCCCCAGAGCUGGAGGAGGCGGCCUCUCUCACAGAGGGGCGGGGCCUGCAGCCCCGCCCCCCUGAACAGGAAGUGGACUCUACCCUGGCCCCCGCAGAGCCUCUUGCAAACUGAGCCAGACCCAUAGCCGUUUGUGGAGGUAUAGAUAUGUGUAUAUACAUACAUAAAUAAAAAUUUUAUUUUUGUGUAAUAGUUAUAAUGUAAGAAGUAUAAUUGCGUCAGUAAUCAAUGCUUUGCUCUGUACAUGGUAAUUAUUGGGUUUGUGGUGAACAUUUCCUACUUUUUGCUACUAUACCUGUAUUUUCUUAGAUGUACUGUGAGGCUGCCGAUCGUCAGUUGAUUCCUUUUGUAUUUCUUUUUGUUUUUUUAUGCAUAUCUGCCUCAUUUUUAAUAUUCUUGCCAACUGACAGUUCCGGCUCUUUCUAACACGAGGAAAGCCGCCCGUGUUCAUUAAGAGUGUUGCAUUUAUUUACUUGCUUCCUCACUCAACUAAGUUGAUGAUUUUGAAUACAUUUCAUAGCAUAGUUUUCGAUGCAUCAUGAUGAAUCUCUUUAGUUUGACUAAAGUGGGAUUUAUUAUUUUUCUUUGUAACGGCUUAAGUUGGUAUAAGAGCUGGCUUAUUUACGAUCUGUGAAUGUGUAGUACUGUGCUUACCUGGAGUUUGGCAGCCCGGCGCCGGUGGCAUCUGGCCCUGCAGGGAUUCAGCCGUAGCUUUAACGGCACUCUUAGGAAUAUCAGGAUAUCGGGUGUAAACAAGGUGCCGAUGAAUGAAUGUCGUUUGGGGUUUCCCCGCAUUAUUGCGUAAUCGGGGCUAUUGGCCCACAUUUGGAUCCACCUUUCUGGAUUUCCCAGGCUUCGCGUUGAUGCCGAAUGUGAUUUCCGUAUCACUGGGGCGUGCCCUGCAGUAAGCGGGGCGGCCACUUGGGGGCGUCAGUGGCACCUGCUCCGAGAUGAAUGUGGGCGUUCUGCUCGGUGAGAGCAUGCGUGUGGCCACGCUGGUGUGACAAUGCUUUUUUUGGGAUUGCUGUACGCAGGGGUGGCUGCCCAGCCCUCUGAGCUCUGCCUGUGAACUAUGACUGGAAAUACAGGGUUUAUCUUCACUAACCUUCUCAGGUUUUCCUCACCUCCUACCAUGAGCCAGGAAUGACUUAAAUCAUUCAGUUUAACUCCACUCUGCCACUGUCUCCAUCAGCUGCUUUCAUAUUAAUGUGAUCAUUGUUUAAUAUUAAACCCGAACUCUUUGGUACCCUGGGAUAGUUUGUACCCUCUCAUUGGACACUUAUUCAUGAAUUGAAUUGAAUUUUGUUUUACAGCACAGCCCCUAUGGUAUUAAGGUCAUUACUGCUUCACCUGUGUGUCUGUGCAUCUGUUUGAAUGCUUCAUGCUUUUAUUUUCUGCCGGUACUUCCAGCUAACUGAGCUGUUAAGUUAUUUACAACGGAAUCCUCCGUUUCACGAUGAUUCUGUGAAUGAGGUCACAGCUGAGCCCGCAGACGUGUGCCUUUACAGUCCUGUAAUGACACUAGCCGUUUCAUAGCAGCCCAGCGUUGCUGUUUCGCGGGUUUGAGGGCUUGAGCUCUGAUGUUAAGUUUUACUGUGCCAGUAUAAAGGGGCCCCCACCACCCCACUUUCUACCAUAAAUGGGCAUUAACCUUUUUUUUUCCAUCCGCAUUCCUGCUGGGAAUGUAUGUCAGACUAGGGAGAAAAUCACUUGUGUGUCAGACAUUUGAAUGUGCUCUGCAUGUGGGAAUCCAAUUGUAUGUUGUAAGGUAGCAGGGAUUUCAGAAAUGCUUCCAUUUUUUUUUAUUGUGAUGAUACAUACCAGCAUUGGUUGUAUUUGAUGUUCAGUUUUUUUCAAACUCUGGAAUCUCGUCAGACAUGGCUGAUGGUGAAAUGCAAAAAAAUAGUGUUUUGAAAACAUUGUUGAACUUUGUUCCGAUUGCCAAUACAGCCCUCGACUGCUGACUCCCGGCUUCCGUUUUUUUCCGUUGACGUCGUAUAAUUGACGUUCUUGGUUCAGUUUCACAGCUAGAUUUUCACGUGAGCAUCGAGGCGUUUGAACCAGCCUGCUACGUUUGCUAGCCAUGGUGCCGCAGGGCAAGGUCGUCUCAUUUUUCCCAUUGCGGCUUCAUCGUGCUGUGGAAAGAUGUUUAGGUGUCAGCAUGUCGCGCUGCGUUUGCAGUAAAUGGCGAGACACCAGGGGCUUGUAAACAGCAGCUGAUGUUUGAAGGACCCAACAAUGUGAAUGUAAUAGACCGUAUGGGGCUUUAGGUAACACCUAACCACACUCCUGACAUCCCUCACCUAGCAAUGCUAGCUUCCCGGCAUGUAGAAGCUCAAGGCUAGUUCUGCUUAUUUCUGGAUGCUGUAAGUACAAUUUCACAUCACUUUCCACUCUGAAGGCAUUGACCUAUGAAAAGGAUGCGUUAAGCAGCAGAAGCACUGAUGGCACCAGUGUGAGGUGGGGUCUCGCUCCUUGAUUCAGCAAUGCCACUGUUUUGAUUCUCAGGUUCAGCUAGUAAUCUACCUCUGAGGGACUGUACACGAAACUGAACAGCAGGUGUCACCGUUGCAUUGUCACCCCCCCCGUCCCCUUUAUCAAACAUGAGCCAACGUUCCCCCUUUGAGAGAUUGUAAAAUGUUUCAAUUGUUUAGUCUCGCUUUUCAAUAAAACUUUUUUUUAGACUUUUCCACA